UUAUUCAUUGUUACUUUUUACUUUCUCUUCCUCGUGUUCCUGUGAUCUCUAGCAGUCUCAUGUUCUCUGGUCAUCUCCUGUACCAUGUCUGCAGUCUCUGACCAUCUCCUGUACCAUGUCCGCAGUCUCUGGUCAUCUCCUGUACUGUGUCUGCAGUCUCUGACCAUCUCCUGUACUGUGUCUGCAGUCUCUGACCAUCUCCCAUAGUAUGUCUGCAGUCUCUAACCAUCUCCAGUACUAUGUCUGCAGUCUCUGACCAUCCCCUGUACUAUGUCCGCAGUCUCUGGUCAUCUCCUGUACUAUGUCCGCAGUCUCUGGUCAUCUCCUGUACUGUGUCCGCAGUCUCUGGUCAUCUCCUGUACAUGUCUGCAGUCUCUGACCAUCUCCCUGUACUAUGUCUGCAGUCUCUAACCAUCUCCUGUACUGUGUCUGCAGUCUCUGGUCAUCUCCUGUACUGUGUCCGCAGUCUCUGGUCAUCUCCUGUACUAUGUCUGCAGUCUCUAACCAUCUCC